AAAGAAACCACCAACACCCGUUUUCUUCAACGGGUACGUUUGUUUUGCGGCGCCGUAUUAUUUGCGCCUUUCCAUGACAGUGAAGCUGUCUCCGCAUCGUUAUCGUCCCGCGCGGCGCAGCACCUGUUCUGUCCUCGCCUCCGUCGUCGUGUUCGCAACCUUGUCAGACACUCCGCACCGGUUUAGCUCCUGAGCUACAUCGCCCGACUGCGGACCGCGACGCUCGCUCGUCUCGCUCUGUCGCUCGCUGCAGGCCAUUGCUCGUCCGACGAACCCAGUUCUUCAUCGUUGACUGCCGCGCGGCCAGGACAGCUUCCGCAGGACAUCCAUCAUGGCCGUGGGCAAAUACCAGCCUCUCACCCUUACUCCCAUAAACUUCUCCCUCACCGAGGGCACCGCGAUUCCCGCGCCGCCCGAUUCUCCUCCCGACACCCCCCGCCCUCCGACGCCUGGCAAGGGACCGCUAUCCUCUCACCCUACGCCGAAGUCUGCUGUCUUCCCACAGCACGAAGGCUCGCCACCUCCGAAAGAUUCGACAGAUUCGGCGCACCUUCACCAGACGUCGACCAACGAUGGCGCGAGCACGCUGUCUCCCACAAGCCCAUCGGGCAAGCGCCCGUCUUCGGUGCGCAAAUUCUUAGGCCUCCGUACCCUGUCGUCGCAGGACAGCCUCAAUUCCGACCGGCCGGGAUCUCCGGCAACACUGAGCAGCCAGCCGAGUCUGAGCAGAAAGAAGAGCAGCAGUUGGUUCAGCAAGAGGAAGAGCACAUUCGUCAUCGGAUCGGUACCUGAAGGGAAGGAAAAUCACACGCCUCAGGCCAACGGCGCAAGCGCGAAACCCGCGCCUACAAGCCCGCCGAAGAAGAAAGGGCCGCCGCCACCAGCGCUGCCUGACCUCAAAGCUUUCGGCGUCAGCGACGAUGCGCUGAGCAUGGAGGUCGACGACAUGUUCAAGAACAUAAAGUAAAGGUGAAAACAAAAGGGCAAGCGGGAAGGAAGGACGGUUACGAUGGAUUCUGACGGACCAAGUUUAAUGGCGCUUUGUCUCUUCUUUGGUGCAUAUGCGCUGGACACGGUUGGGAGUUAAACAGAUUGUGGAUAGUUCCUUUUUUGCAUGCACACGAUACCCUCCUGCUUCGCUUCCCAAUCGGAGAAAGCAGGACAGCGGCGGACGAGGCUGGUUUGCGGUUGUAUCUUUUGGAAAGAUAUCGGGUGUGGGAGGAGAAGAUGAGGGGACGCGGAAAGGAUUGGAGCAUUUCAAUACUCCCUUUUUACAUCACGCUUGACAGCAUUCCCUUUCCCGCUUCUAUGUAUAUUGUCUUCCUCUGUCGGAGUCUUCUCCGCUGCGGCAGCAGAAAUCUUGAUCUCCUUUGUCGACCCAUUCUCAGCUUCGCCCUCCGCGC